UCUCUCUCCCGAGGCAGCUUGAAUCGUACAAAUCGUGAUUCACGCGCAGUGCUCAUCGAGAGAUUCGAGUGCUCUCAAUUCUCGCGUGUACACAGACACACGUAAUAUAUAUAGCUAUAGUACAGCAGAGAUAAUUUGGAGGAGGAUAAACCGAGUUUCUCCUAUGCUUUGGGACGAGUAAAAUCGCUGUAAGCGAGUGUAAACAUCCACACCUUGGCUCGUGCAGUUCAGACCACGAGCAUUAAUCAUCGUAAAACGUCAUCACCCGCGCAGCUCGUGCAGCUGCUCGAAAUGCCGUUGUAUACAUUCAUCGACGACAGCGUUGUAGUAUCGAGCUGACAACGAUUCCGAUAUCAGAGUGACUUGUACUGUGCGUGCAAAGUGAUAUUUUGCUUCGGCUUCUACUGCUGCUGCUGCUGCUGAUGCAUGCGUGUGUCUGCUAGCUCAGCUAGUUUGUCUUUUUUUCAUCAAAUUCACAAACUUACCAAAUUUUUUAAUUACAAAAUGGCUCAAACAACUACUAUUGAAACUGUAACCGUUACCCGGCCUCUGAAGGUGAUUGCAUUCAUAUGCGGGGUAAUCGUGAUCCUCCUCAUGAUAAUGGGCCUCGCGUCAACGGAUUGGCUAAUGGCACUGGGUUGGCGCCAGGGCCUGUUUGCUCAUUGCAUCGAGGAAGGUGCCCCAACGCCGUUACCUUUUAACAUGGUCGAUCCUCCCGGCUGCUAUCAGGCUCGCGAUGUUGGUUACAUUAAAGCGGCUGCAGCUCUUUGUGUCGUGUGUUUGCUGGCUGACAUAGUAGCGACAAUAUUGACGGGAUUAGGUCUCAGAUGUCAGGAUCACUGCGACAAAUACAAAUACUAUCGCUUUGCUGUUUUCGGCAUGACCAUUGCGCUGGUUACAUUGCUGAUAGCGUUGGUCAUUUAUCCUGUAUGUUUCGCAGCCGAACUCAACUUUGGUAACCGAACGGUGUGGGAGUUUGGUUGGGCCUACGGAGUGGGCUGGGGCGCGGUGAUCUUUCUGUUCGGUGGCGCGUUGCUACUGCUCUGCGACAAGGAGAGCGCCGAAAUCUACUACAAGCAGCGCAAAAUCGUGCGCGAGGAAUUGAACAGCGGCGGCGGCGGCGGUAAUUCGACGAGCGGCGCCAACAAUCACAACAAUCACCAUCAGCAGUUCAAUCACCACAACAAUCACAACAACAGCAGCGGCAUGAUGCAUCUGCACGGCGGAGGUGGAGGCGCGAGGGGCGGCACUCAGCUUGCCUAGUGGCAUUGCUCCCUGCCCGAUGUCGUUCUCUAGGCUCCCCUUCGGAACCGUCGUACACACGUAGCCAGCGAGUGACGUGAUGAUGCGACUCAAUGUACGAGGACCAGCGGCGGCUUCAAUAAUGACCAGUUAACCACACACACAACAAGCGUAAUACACACACUCUCUCAGCGUAUAGGCCCUAAAAACUGCCAAGGGCUCUGAAAUAAUCUGAAAAAAAAAAAGAAAACUGUGCACCGACGUAUCGUUUGAUUUAGACGACGACCGCGGCAACCACGGCCACCUUAACAAGAGGCCGUAUAAGCUUCUAUAAAUGCAGGACUUAAUUAUCGACAUCAUCGCUAAUCAUCAUUAAUCAUCCCCAUCACCAUUUGCACCAUCUCAUAAUAUUGUUGCUAAAUACUUUUUUUUUAUUACGGUUGACGUCUCAUCAACCCUAUCGUUUGUACCUCCAUCCUACAUUCUGACGAAUCUACUCCAGUAUUUAAAACACUGUGUUUUCCACACACCGAUCCCAAAAAUGAUCGCUCGCGUCCUCUUUUUUUCAAGUUUACAUUUUCAAUAUGCAUGCGGCUAAAGCUUCAAAUAACAGUAGCAUAAUUUACCCGUAUCUGCCAUGUGCUAAGUGCCAUGAUUGAACUUUUCUUUCUUGGUUAUUUUAGAUUAAAAUUCUCUUGGAUCAUUUUGCAAAAAAUCAAACUUCCAGAUUUGAAAUCUAGAGAUUUUCUUAAAGAAGUUUACGCGAUAUCUUACGUACAUAUUCUUUGUAUGUUGAUUAAAAGUUUGUAGCUAUAUUUUUUCAUUUUUUUCGCUCUUAAAAGUGCCGCUUUGUAAAAUGUAAUCUAUUUACCACCUAGUGUUUUACACUAUAUAGAUCAAUUGUAGAUUCCAUUCUUCUCUUUGCGUAACAUUUUCUGAAUGGUAAAAAAAUUUUUGUCUCGUCAGUUUUCUGCAAAUUUUGAUUGACAUUUUUAAUUAAAAAGUAUUCAUUUUUACAAAGUAAAUGAAAUAAUAAUCAAAUCGAACGAUGCAAAAGACAUACGUAAAUUAAACGAAUUUUUUAUUUAUAAUUCUUUUUUUAAAUAUUUUUUCUUUUUUAGUGAUGAUACAUAUCAUGUAUUGGUUAAAUAUAAAAUCAUUGUAAGAAGUUGCUGUCGGACAACAGACGGUAGUAAAGUUAAUUAAAAUUUUUCGACGAAAAAAAUGUA